AGGCUAAGCCACCCAAGCUCCCCCAAAUUGUUUUAUCAUAAAAUACAUAUCCACAAACUUUCUCUUUUCUUGAUCAAGAAGGUUUUUAUCUGCUUCCACACUUCCAAACUGGCUAAAUGAAAUUGUCUAGUUGCCAAAACAAGUUACCCUUAAAUUGAGAAUUUUAUUAGAACAGUCACCAUAGAUGGCUGCCACACCAGUUUGAAGGGCCACAAAUGCAUCAUUUGUAAUGCUGGGAGGAACUUUGUGGAAGAAUAUAAAUUUUACUCCCACAUGAUUUCGAUUUUAUGGGAUACUGUAACUUCUGGAAUGCCUAAUAAAGUGGGAAAAGAGGGUUUUUUUAGUGGAUGGUUUUAGAAGAAAUGAUUCAAUGUGUUCUGCCAAUAUGAACUCUUAAAAGUGCAGGUGCCUCAUAAAUGCCCAGGCUUAGCCUAUAUCAAAAACGCAUUUACUACUUUGAUACUAUGAAUAACACAGACAUUUACUAUCUGGUAUGACUCGAUAGUAGAAUUUACAUCAGGCAUGCUUAGCUCACAGGAUCUAAAAAAAAGCCAACUUUUUGGUACCCUUGAAAAAAUAAAGCAAUGAGAUAUACUCUUGACUGGGGAUUAGUGACUCUUCAUAGGAAUCAGAGGUUUAUCCUUUUCUCUGCUCACCACUCUGCUUAAAUGAAAUGGCAAAAGUCAACAUUCACAUGUGUGUAUUUGAGUAUAUGUGCUGCUGAUGUGAGCACAUGUAUAUAUUUGAAUACACUCACACAUCUAAUUUUUUGCAGAGAUCAUAAUGCUUUAAAAAUACUGUCUUCUAGAUUCCUUUCAGAACCCCCCCCCCCCCCAUACAUCUGUCGAGGGCGGAUGCUCCAGGGGUCCGGAGAUCCGUCAACUGCAGAGCUUUGCAAAAUGGCGCCUGGCGAUUUGCCAGAAGGUGUGUCUAGAGUGACUGAUCGUAAAAAGGAAGAACUACCUAUUGGCUGUUGAACUAUUGCUGUGCUGUGGGUACUUGGUAACAAGCUUAAGAUUGGUGGAUGCAUAUCGCUGUCUAUGCUGAUUGGCUUAGCUCCCCUAUAUAAGCGAUGGCCAUAUGAAAUAAAGCGCCGCUUUUUUGAAACCCAACGGGAGAGAGGGUCGUUAUUAUCGCUGCUGGAUGGCGAUAUACAUCAGUGUUAAAUAGCACAUAUAAUGAACACUUGCACUCUUCUCUGAAGAGACCAACAAUAGCACAUUCAUCAGAAGCCAAGUUGGAGCCCAGGAAUAGACAACGGAAGCCAGGGCCCAGGGGCCCCCAUUAGAGGAAAGAAAAGAGAAUUUUCUCCUAGCCAAGAUGAAAGGCAUGCAAGCCAGUCAGAAAACUUCGGUGGCCCUGCAGAAUGAACUUCAUGAGCAGGAAGAUAAAAUGAAGAAUCAAACACAAAGAAAAGAUACCCAAGACAGUCUCCUAAUGACACAGCGAUCUUUAGCACAUUUUUUUUCGACAGCAAAUUCAGAUCCAGCACUGUCAUUUCCAUGGUCAUUAUCCUAUGAAAUGCCUCUUGAUUACACUCUGUCUAACCCUCACUUUAGUGGACUAACUGUAUCAACAAUUGGGCAGAAGACUCCUAAAACUACAGGAGUGGGACUUUCCAGAUCAGAAAACAGCUUGGGAAUCAACAGCUCCAUAAUGACAAAGAGACAGGCUCUGCCAUACCUUGCUCCUGAGAUACCAGUAACUGGGGAAGGAGAAGAUUACUUCCUAUCUUUGUUUGGUGAUUCAAAGAAACUUCUUUCACACUCAUCCCCUGCAGAGAAAGCCUGGAAACACUUUUCUAUGAUUCUUGAAGAAGUAGGCCAAUCUAGAUCCAGUGCUCUUGGAGACAUUAAAAUAGCUGAAGUAAAUGUCAAGGGUUUAUUUGUGAAACUCAUUAACUCUUCCCUUGACAAAGAACUGGAGAUUGGAGGUCAUAUUCUCCAGCAAAAUGUGAAUGGACAAACAGUCUCUUUUUACCGCUUCCUUCCAAAUAUCACAAUGCAGGCCAAUUGCACAGUAACAGUGUGGGCAGCUGUAUCUGAAGCAAAGCAUCAGCCACCAUCAGAUUUUCUUUGGAGAGAAGAAAACAAGUUUAGAACAAGCCCAAACUGUACAACAAUUUUGUGCAAACCUAAUGGUGAAGCUGUUGCCUGGUACACUCCUAUUCACUGGAAGCAAGCGUGGGAGAAAUUAGAGACUGACAUUGAAUUUGACAGACGCUCAGUAGUAAGUCCAACAUCUCGAAGACACAUGUUUAGUUGGCCAGCAGCUAUGACUACAACUAAAGAAAAACAAGAUAAAUGUAAUAAAGAUAAUUCAAAAUGUCAGAUGGAGCAAGUUGAAGUUUUUCUUAAAAGAGAAAUUGAAAACCCACCAAGCCCCUUUCCCAAUAGCAGCCCUUGGUGCCACAGUCCCAGUGCCCCUGCACACCCCUACAGUCCUCUGAUUGAAACUUGCAGUACAUGCGUGGCUGGAAGCAGCUUAGACAGACAGCCAAGGCCUCCGUCAUCCAGGCCUGAUCCAGCCCAGAUCACAUCUUCACAUCCAGCCUCUGGAUAUUAUUUCUUUGUAAUCAAAUACUGGGAUUGUAACUUGAUAAUUCUUCUGCACUUUCAGAGAAACAGAAAGGGUUAGGGACCAAGAAAAAUAUGACAUCUGAGUUACAAAAGCAAGUAGACAAUCAACUCAACUCAACUUUUUUAAAG